AUUUCAUCUAAAAGCAAAAAAAAAAAAAAAAUUAUCCGUUCAUUUGGUUUAUUCCAAUACCCAGACAAAAAUCCAUUUCCAUUAACAAACUCAAAAGCAUCAAGUUGUUCAAUAAAUAAAUAAAAAAACCUUUUCAGCUUUGACUUCAAAGAAUUGUUUUCUUUUUUGUCUGCUGAAAAUUUUUGCAAAAUUCAAGCUUUGGGUCUUUCUGUUUUCAAUCAGAUCUGAUUACGUUGAAGGUCAAAUAUUGAUUCGAUACCUUGAAAAACAGGCCCUUGGAAUAUUGCAAUAUAAUCAUCAGCUUUUUGUUUGAAUUGUAAUGGAUUUGGAUGAUUUCAGAUCAGUUCUUGAAACAGCUGGUGUUGAUGUGUGGACUUUUUUAGACACAGCAAUCAUGGUAGCUUCUUUGGAUUAUGGCCAAGAGUUGAAGCAAAGGAGGGAUGGGAUAGUGGAGAGGCUUUAUGGUACUUCCAUGGUUACCAGGUGUAAAAGCUGUGAUUUUGGUGAGAGAUCAAAUGGAUAUCAAGUAAAUAAAGAAGAUAGCCCCCAUGAAUCUAAAGGAAGAGGAGGAAAAGGGUCACCUUUUACUCCUCAAUCAGAUAAAGAUGAUGAUUUGGACCCUUAUGGAGGCCUGUUUGAUGAUGAGCAAAAAAGGGUUCUUGAUAUUAAGGAGCGUCUUGAACUACCAGAUCAGUCUGAAGAUUCUUUGGUUGAUUUACUUCAAAGCUUGGCAGACAUGGAUAUAACAUUUCAAGCUCUCAAGGAGACCGACAUCGGUAGACACGUUAACAAAUUGAGGAAGCAUUCAUCAAAUGAUGUUAGGAGAUUAGUGAAGCAACUUGUCAGGAAAUGGAAAGAGAUUGUAGAUGAAUGGGUGAUGGUGAAUCAACCCGGGGAAGCUGAACCUGCUGGACUUAUGGCAGAUGGAGAUUCACCGCAGCAAAAGCUCCCUCAAAAUGGUCGCCAACAGGUUCCUGAUUUUGCAUACUCUCCAAACCCACACAAUGGGAGUUUUGGUUUAGACAAGAAUAAUUCAGAACCUGAAAGGAAGCCAAAGUCGAUCCCUCCUCCCCGAAAAGAUCCUCCAUCAAGACAUAUUCACUCAACCCCUCCACGAAACGUACAGAGGCAGAGAGAACCAAAGGAAAUCAAGUUUGGCUCUGAAAGGCUGGCUUCUGCAAGGAAAAGGCUUCAAGAAAGUUACAAAGAAGCUGAAAAUGCCAAAAAGCAACGAACGAUACAAGUGAUGGACAUUCACGAGCUACCAAAACCCAAGAAUACCUUCUUUGCCAAAAACAAGGGAGGUGGUUCUCAAGGGAGGCACUGGUGAUUGGGUGAAUGAAUUCAGAUUAAACAGCAUCCUAUCUUAGGUUGUUCAUUUCUAUGCUGUGAAUGUUGUAUAAGAUGGGAGUACUCUUCCUAUCUUUUAUAGGCUAUCUUUCCAUGUUCUUUCACGGGUAUGUACUGAACUAUUUGUCAAUCAUUUGAAAUUCUUGAGGGCCAUGGACAUCCAUAACCAUUUUAUUGGGGCUGAACAGUACUUCUUUGUUUGACACUUUGUUACCCUUUCCCCCACCCCAAAUGUUUGAUGUUUUUGAUUUGUAAUAUAUGUGGUGCACAUUAAAUGGCCAUCCUUCACUAUGUUUUAAGAGAGAGAGAGAGAGUAAUAAGCCUCUUUAUAAGUGCUUUGCAUCUUGAUGAAGCGGUCAAUUGUGCUUCAGCCCUUGUUCUAUGAUCAUAACUGACAAGAAGUGGCCUUCAGCUUGUUGUGCUGGUUAGUGCAUGUAAUCGAUCAAAUUCUAUGGUACUCUCACUAUAAUCUCGUGGAUCCCCAACAGGUGCCCAUUAUUCUUGCUUAGAUGUGUCUACUGGAUUGACUCUCGACACUUUCUGGAUUUCGACACAAUCAGGGAAUGAAGUCAUCCUUUGUUCUUGUAUGGAUCUACUUAAGCGUGUACCACAUAUUUAGCGUGUGACUAGCCCCGUUGCAGCUAUGUAGGGCUUGGUCAAAUUGUGCUGAGCUUUGUUUCGAUGUUUCGGGAAGCUAAGUGACAUUCUACAUGGAGAAAUGAUUCAAGUAGAGAUUAAGGAAUCGUGCUAUGAUGGUUUUGGUAAGGGAAUCAACUUAGAAAAAUAAGGGGAUGCAUGUGCAGAUGUUGAGCAAACUUUGCUAUGGCUUUGAUUGAAACUUUAGAAUUGCAUGAUAUAGGAACUUGUGUAGCAUGCAGGACUUGGAAGUUACUUACAUCGGG